AUGGACGAGAAGUUGAAACAAAGUUUCAUCCAAGCCUACGCCAAGACCAAGGAAUUCGAAGAUGCGACUACGUUUUUGCGUGUUCCCAAAGACGACUUUCGAAAAGGCGAUAUCACUUGGCAAAGCCAUGACACGAGCACCACAGCGAGCCCUGAUAUUCGGCGCACGCAGUUGCAUGUAGCUCAAAUGUACCAUUGGAACCGAAUGGACGAAGACGUCAAGCUGUACGUCGCAACCUUGCGAAACUUGUGCACGCUAUAA